AUGGACUACGGUUUCAAUAAUGUGGUGGAAGGGACGCGCCAAUAUUUUAUGGGGCUACCUAAACAGGCGCAGGCCGAGGGCAGUGGUCAACCUGUUUGGCCAGCGGGUGCACCACCACCAGAAGAAGGAGCUCCAGCCUUAUCAGGUGCUCCAGCACCGUCGUCACGUCCGCCUUCUGCUGCUGCGGCCCCUCCGUCCACUCCUGGCCCGACAGCAAUCGCACCUCCACCUAGGCCUCCUUCGGAGCCUCUUGAACCAGAGCCCCAUAUAAUUCAUAAAGCGACAGUGAUGCGCGAAGCAGCCGAGAAACGGCGUGAAAUGCCUGACCCGGAUGAUGAGGAAGAGGCAAUCGGUGCGCUAUCUCCACCAUCGCACAUCAUUCGCAAACCCACACCACGCACGUUAUCAUCACCGGCACCCGCGCCGGCUGCGCCUUGUCCAUCACCAGCGCGGCCUCUUUCUAACGCGCCACUCUCGCUACCGCCCGCGUCUGAGCCCCAGUUAGAACAACAUGUGCAAUAUCGCUCGUCCGUUCAACGUGUACAAACGCCAACAGCCAGACCGCAUGAUCAGUACGCACCGAGUAGGCCGCCGGAUCCCUAUUCUGCGUCGCGGCCUCCAGAAACAUACACUCGCUAUCAGUAUGAAUCAAAUAUACAUGACGGUGGGAGAAGCUCACAUGGUCCACCGAUUGCUUCACCUCAGCCUACUUCAGCACGUAACAGUCCGCAGACCUACGCAAGAUUGUCAAGUGUAAUGCCGCAGCAUACUGCUAGCCGUCUCCGUGAAUCUGUUGCGCACAGCCCACCGAUGUCGCGAUAUCCGAUUCAGCCAACGCAGCCACCGCCUCCUCAUAAUGAUAGAGUUCCACCAAUACAUCAUCCGCAAGUGACGCCCCCGACUCAAAGAGUUGGUGUCUUAGAAGGACGCUCAACACAAGCUUACGUGCCCUUAAUGCAUCGACGUGAAUCGUCUAUGUCACGAGCAAGUCAUUAUGAGAGACAUCCUACAAUUCCGCCCCGAAAGUAUGAUCCUCAACAGGCGUAUUCUGGCUACAGACCUUCCCUCACCACGCCGCAAUCUAUGCAAAGCCAUAGCACUGAAACGCUUCACCAAUAUAAACAUGGUGGAAUAGAAGUAAUGAAUACUAGUUACACUGCGAGACCUCCAGAUCGCGCGCAUCCUCAUCCCCAGUCUCACAGCAACGAGGCAACACGAAUACCUCCGCGAAUAGAUUACCACAGUAAAAGUAGGUCUCUUGAUGCUAGAUCUGGUUACAAUUAUUCGUCACCUUCAACAUCAAAUGUAAGAUAUGCUCCUAGUGCACCGCUACCCAUAGUUCAUAAUAAUUCUACACUUCAACCAAGACCAUCUUACAGACAAACAGUAGCGCCAAAAUCAAAUUAUGAUUAUUCAGCAGCAACAAACCAAGUUCAGACUUCUCCUUCGAGAUCUUCAAUAAAAGCAGGCUACGCGAAUCAGCAAGCACGGAUGACAGUCUCUGUGACAUCUUUAGUGAAUCAAAUGAACCAAACUAAACAAAAAAGAGAAUCACCUCUGGAUUUAUCUGUAAAAACUGUUAAAAAUUCAGCUGAUUCUUCUACCACGCAAGAUGAUAUUAUUGAUUCGGCAUCUUCGGAAAAUAAAGCAGUUCCAUUGCAAACACAUCCAACUUCAAGUAGCCGGCAUGCUCCACCAGUACCAGGUUAUGUUGUAUCUCAUAAAGUAGAUUUUGCACCUGAUUUUGCCCAGUACAGAUCAAGGAGUGCAAAUUGUAAUUAUACUACCACCCCUCAAUCGAUGCGAUUCAAUGGAGCUUACGAAACCUCAAGACCGAGUUCCGAAUCUUAUUCAGUAGAAUCUCGACACCAAAUUUAUUCUGAACGUAGUAAAUAUAAUGGACCUGUCCAAGCUAGAACUGAUUAUGUUCCUAGAAUUGAUCUCACUAGGUCAGCUGCUGAUGAAAGAUAUGCCGAAAGAAUUCGUGAAGAUCCUCAGAUAAUUAUUGAAGAACGUAAACGUUCAGCUGGACCUAUUGUUAGUAACAUUCCUGAAAAGUUAGUGAGAUACGAGACUUGGUCUUCAGACAGUCGGAUAGAACGUAUGAGUCAGUCAGCUCGUGAACAGCAUGAAUUAAUGAGCAGACCUGUAUACAGCUACAGUAGUCAUAAAAGAUUUGAAGCUUAUCAAAAUGACCAAAAAAGAGUUGUUACCUCGCAUAUGUAUCGCGAGCAUCAUCCUCGUCCCCAUACAAGUCAAAGACAUGCCCAUAGUUUACACCCAGAAAAGACUAAUCGUGAAAUUAGUGAAUAUCAUGCACACUAUCACGAUAGAAUUCCGUCUAGUAGUCGUCAUGUGAUUCAAAAAAUUCCGAGCCAUAGAGAAAUGCAUCCAAAUCAUAUAGAUCCACAAAAUGGUCCUGCUAAUAAGAGCGUUUUAAGCAUAUUGCGUAAUAGUCUAGAGAUUAAGCAAACGGGUUGCGCUGAGCCUGCGCGACAGAUACCAGAUCUCAUAGUUAUUGAUGAUGUAGAUGAUUCCGUCAUAGAAAUAACUGAUUUAACUAAAGACGGUGAAAUUGAACCACUACAUAAAAAUAAUGCCAAAACUUUACAAAAUUCAACCAUUCCCACGUUAAGUAAUCACAUUCAAAUGCCCAAAGCUGUGGAUUCUAUAGCCCGUGAUUCAGAUUAUCCAAAAUGCGAUAACACAGAUCCAAAAAGCAAAUCUCCAGAAAACGAUGUUGCGUCCAGAAUUAGAACUAAGGCAGAGUUGAAAGUAAUGCCACCAUCUCAAGAUAAUGCAAAGCAUGAUAAGGGUCCAGAAAUAGCGCCUUCUGAUUCUGACAAGGUAAAGUUACUACCAAAAUCUCAAAAGCAACAUCUUUUUAACCAAAUAAGAGAGGACAAUCUACGCUUAGAGUCUGUCAUAAAAAAUGAAAAACCUAUUGAUGAAUAUAUCACCGAUGUUAAAUCAGAACCUAUGAAUAUUGAUGAGAUUGAAAAAGAUGCUAUAACACCUAUAAAAACUGAAAACAUUUUAGAAAAAUUAGAAUCCGAGAAUUUUGCAUCGCUAGAAGAUUCACCUCCAGAAGAUUUAGAUUGGGCCAAUGCUUGUGACAAUUUUAUGGAGCAACUAAAAACUGGUUGUAUGAGAAAAACAUCACAUAGAAAACGUAACGAUACGCUGGAUCCAGAAAACGAAAUAAGAAUACAGAAAUGCUCAAAACUUGAAUCAGAUGAGUGUUCUGUUAACAAAAUUUUACUUAACUCAAGUUCUAGUGUUGAAAUUAAACAAGAGCCUAUUGAUGACGUUGAAAAAACGGAGACUGAAACAGCUAAUUUAAAUCUUGAGGAGGAGACUCUUGAUUUACAAAUUGUAAGAGAUGAAAAUAAUACAAAUAAUACAUGUAAGGAAAAAAAGGGUGAAAAAGAAAAUGAAAAACCACCCAGAUCUAAACUAAAAAGUAAGACAAAAAGUGAAAGGAAAGAACCUGUACCAACUUCGUCUGGAAUAUUAAACAAAAACGCCAACGAAGCAAUUAAAACGGUAAUUAAGGAAGAAGCAGAAUCGACAGAUGAUGAUGAACCAUUGAUAAAAAGUAAAAUACUGAAAGAGAAGGUGCAAAGGGAACUUAAUUAUCAGAUGCUAAAGGAUUUAUCUGAAAAAUCGGCGUACGUUAAGUUGGAAUGCUGUGAUGAACGCAUGAGCGUUAAUAGUAGAAAGUCUACAGAGACAGCACCCAAGGAUAAAUUGGAUAAACAAAGUAAAGGAAAGACUAAUAGAUUGGUGUCGAAAUCAAAGGCUAAAUCAUCUUCUACCGAUAGUAAAGCUGAAAAACGAAAUGAAAACUCAAGUUCAGACAGUGAAGACGAUGAUAUGAGUGUUGCAAGAAGGCUUCGCAUGCGAAAAGGCACCAAAUCAGAAGAUAAUAGGAGUUCACAAGUUAAUAAAACUCCUGUGAAAACAUCUCCAACAAAAAAACAAGACACAAGUAGUGCAAGUAAUAGCUCAACACCGGUGCGGAAGCCUGGCUUUGGGGAUGGUUCAGAUUUUCACCCAGGAUGGGAAGAGGAGUUAUACAGAUAUAAAAGAUCUCUACGUAUGCCCACGAGAUUAAUAGCAAUUCCUCGUGGACGUUCAGGUGGACCGUUUGUAAAUGGGCCAGGGACAUUGUUCACAAGGGGUUCAACUUCCCUUCCAGACUUGGAUCCGGUUCCACUAUCACCCGCUCCAUCCUCGGCCCAAUCUGCAGCUACUGAUGAUCUAUACGCAAGACGACCCGAUAAGAUGAACUUAGACAGUGAUUUAGAUUCGAAUUCCAGUUGCUCAGUACCAAAUCGUCUUCAAUACGACUCAGAAGCAUCAACAUCUACAGUUUUCUCUGCCACCAAAGUUAAGAAGAAAUCUAGUUCUAUCGUAGAUGUUCUGAUACAAAAAUGUGGAAAGAAAGAUGACUCAAAAAAGAAAUCUAAAGAUAAAGAUGAGAAAACUCCCAAGAUCAUUCAAAAAAAUACUAAUGUUUCUGAACUAUUGCCUACCCCAAGCUUAGGUCUUUUGAAAAACGGUAAUAAAGGGAGCCUAAUUGCUAAAAAAGAAAAAUUAAUGGAAGAUAUAUUUUAUUUAGGAGCCUUUAGAAAAGAGACAGUCACUGCUUUUCGAAAUGCUUUUAUCGAGAACACGCAAGGGUUAAUAGGAGCCACGGAAGAAUUUGCCCCGGUUGUAUUAAAAUCCAGAACAAGAACUGAAAGUCGAGUAUUAAAACAAAGAGCUACUAUGAAAGAAGUGUUUGGGGAUGAAAGACCAGCAUCAGCUCCACCUACAUCUUGCAGAGAUGAAGAAAUUCAUGAAAAAGAAGAAGAAAGGAUAGUCGAAGUGAAAAAAGAACCAGAGCAAAAGCCAAAAUUUAAGUCGAAGAAAAUUGCAAAAGAAAAACUCAAACGGAGGUCUAGCACCAUUCGAGAUGGAUUAAGAAGUACUAAAUCUCUAAAGCGUAAUGACGCUAAAGGACGAAUGCUUCGAUUAAAAAAGAGAAAUAAUUUAAUGAAAACUUUUAAUACGAAACGAAAAGAGACUUCUACCAAUAAGGUGAAGAAAGAAAAGAGUCCCACGCCGGACGACAAAGAAGCAAAGGAACAACAAGGUACUUCACCAGGAACAGCUGAAGUAAAUACGAAAAGAAGAUUCAAACGCUUAUUUGGAAGAAGAAAAUUUAGUUCAGGAUUUGAUUACAUACGGAAAAAGAAGAAAAUGAUAAAGAAAGAAGACAAUAAUUGCAAUAAGAUUCGCCGGCCGGCACCGAAGCCAAGUCCAGAGUCCGUCCAUGAUAUACAAAAAGAGAUUAAAAGUUGGUUUAUUAAUAAAAGUAUUGGAGAAACACACUUGCACAGAGCUGCCAGACUUGGAUUUACUGAUUGUGUUGCAUACUGCUUAGAGAAAAUGGAAGCGGAUCCGUCAGCGAAAGACAAUGCUGGUUUUACGCCAUUACACGUCGCCGCUGCUAAAGGUCAUGUCCGGAUUGCUCGUUUACUACUUCAAUAUGGGGCCAAUGUAUCUGCGGCUGCUCAAGGAGGCAUAAGACCGUUGCACGAAGCGUGCGAGAACUGUCAUGUGGAAGUCAUCCGUCUCCUUUUAGCUUACGGGGCGGACCCUCUUCUGGGAACUUAUGCUGGACAAACGCCCGAAGAACUCGCCGAAGGUCCGGCUGAACUGUUGCUACGUCUGCACAUAGCCGAUGUGCAGGGACAAGCUGUGGAGCCCUGGAGGUUCCCCCUUCCCACUGACAUUAUUGAUCGUGAGGAACUCGGCUGUGAUCCCUUGUCAUCACCACCUCCCGCCUCGCCCCCACCGCCACCAGAUUCAACUAUCGAAAUACAAACUACGGAGGCGCCACUUCCGCCAUUUUACAGUCUGCGUUCGACUUCUGGCCAGCCAGCAGACGGAUUGUGGUGCUUGCUGCAAGACGUCACUAACGUAUUACAGAUAAAAUCGAAAGAGAGUCUACUAAAACAAAUACACUGCGGCUCGGGAUCACCCAAGGAAUUGCUGCGCGAGAUCCGGACUCAGGAGUUCCUAGAGAGAGCACAAUGCCAUCAACUUUUGUGCGCCGGAGAGAAAGUAAAUGUGCGAGCUUCCAAAGUAGCUCUAAUUAGGGUCACGGACAAGCUGAGGCAACUCCUAAAGAUUGAAACUGUACUAAUUAGCUGA